AGAUGAUAAAAAAUUCACGAUAACGUUCUUCUCAUCCCUUGUGACACGCAUUGAACGGCUUGUGGAGCGACAAGAAGCGACGCUGUCUGUUUGUCCUCUCCUCCCCCCUCCUUAUUCUCUUGUCACCCUUCUUGUGGGACUCAACCAUGCCCUCCGGUGGCUUGCCUGCCUGACGGACACACACACAGGUGGGCAGCAGGGCCUCUCGUGCGUGCGUUGCGUGCACAGGUAAAUGGGACUUUGUGUGUGGUUUUUGGUGUGUGGUUUGUGGUUUGUGGUUUGUUCAGAGAAUGGACGGUCUUCUCAUGAAGCCACUGUCAUCCCUGCGCGCGGCCGUGAUGCGGCACGUUGACUGGCGGACGUGUGUGCUGCUGGUGACGCCGGUGGUGCUGCUGCCGGUGCCGUUGCUGUGGCGCGUUGAACCGUCAGACAUUGCCACCUGCAUGUCAGGGAGGGAGGGAGGGAGGGAGGGAGGGAGCUCGUGGAACACACGCAUCGAUUCAUCCAUCCAUCGGUGGGUCGUGUGUGGUCACACAGGUAUGUGAUACUGGUCAUGGGGGUGUAUUGGAUGACCGAGGCCGCGCCGCUGACAGUGACGGCACUGAUGCCGCUCUUCGCCUUCCCCCUGCUGCACGUCGUGCCUGCCGACGAGAUCGCCACGCAGUACUUCAAAGACAUCAUCUUCCUGUUCCUCGGCGGGCUCAUGGUGGCUGGUACGCACGACGCAAUCAGUGCACAAAAAAGCGAUUCAUGUAUGGGUCGCGUGGCCAGCGAUUGAUGGGUGUGUUCUGUGCGUAUACCUGUCUGUCUGUGUUGAUGUGUUGAUGUGUUUAGUUGCGGUGGAGUCGACGUGUCUGCACCACCGUCUGGCCCUGGUGACGCUCAAGUUCAUGGGAGCCAAGGAGCACCGGCUGCUGCUGGGCGUCAUGGGGACGACCUUCUUCUUCUCCAUGUGGAUAUCCAACACGGCCACUGCCGCCACCAUGGUACCCGUGGUCAUGGCCCUGACCACCGAGCUGAUACACAUCGCCAGGGAAAGCGGCAUGGCCGACGAGGAAAAGGGCCAGGUGAGUGAGUGAACUCGUGACCGACACAACUUGCUGCACACACGCGUAUGUGUGGAUGUGUGGAUGUAUGUGCUGGUGGUGGAUGAUAUAUAUGACAGGACGUGAUUGACGUGCAAUCUUCGCCCGCGGUCACUGUGCCGCAAUUGCCUUCUAACAGGGACGCCUCGUUCGACAGCAGCGCGGCCAACACGCCAAGUACAGACACACACAUACACAUACACGCACACAAAAGCAACUCGGUAUGCGUGUGUGUUGACUGCAGUGACGGGGUCGACGGCGCCCACAAGCAUCAAUGGCAACCCCUCGUUCACCAGGCUGACCCUCAAGUCGGUGUCGGAAGAAGGUAUGCAAGAGCGAAGAGGACGAGACGGGCAGGCAGAUUGCCCCCCGACGUCUGUGUGUGUGUGUGUGUUGUGCGUUCACUGUAGGUGUUGAAGGCCGCACCGACGUCUCGGCAUCUGCCGCCCCGUCCACCAAUCCCGUGUGUGACAGCCCGCCCGGCGAAAGGAGGGAGGAGCACCGAGGUGAGUGAGGCCCUUCUCUCUGUGGCGCAUGCGUGUAGACGCAACAGAAACACACGUGUGUGCACGCUGCGCUCGUUGUGUGUGUGCACAGAGAUCUUCAAGUCGUCUUUUUCGUUGUCGCGUGAGGAGCUGAGCCGCCACGAGCUGGGGCUGUGCAAGGCCAUGCUGCUGGGGGUCGCCUACUCAGCAUCCAUCGGCGGGUGGGUAUUUGCGAAGCACAGAUGUACACGUGGAUGCCUCCAUCUCUCUCUCUCUCCGUGUGUGUGUGUGUGCAGUUCGUCAACGCUCACGGGCACGCCGCCCAAUGUGGUGCUGCUGGGGCUGUUGAACGACAAGUACGGCACCGCACACCCCGUCGACUUCGCGUCGUGGAUGGGCUUCUCGCUGCCCGCCUGUAGGGUCACACACGUGCAUGUGUGACUGCCUGGAUGGAUGGAAGGACACAUCGGACACAUCGUGUGUGUGUGUGUGGUCACACACACAGGUAUAUUGAACCUCCUUCUGACCUUCCUGUGGCUGCGCUUUGCGUAUCUGCGGCCAUACAAGAGGAACAGACCAACACGAACAGCAGAGCAACAAAGGUGCAGUGACUGCGACCCCUCCAACCAAGACACGCACGCAUACACCGGCGCACGGCUCUCUCUUGGGUGUGGGGUGUGUGUGUGUGUGUGUGUGCAGGCUGAGCGAGGACAGGUUCCGCGCGGUGCUGACACGCGAGCUGGACCGAAUGGGCAGCAUCAGCUUUGGCGUGAGUGACACGACAGACACGAACGAGGAGGGGCACAGAUAUGCUCAGUAGGUGUGUGUGUGUUUUUGUGCGGGUGGUAUAUGUGUGUGCAGGAGAGCAGCACGAUCAUGCUGUUCCUGGUGCUGUUGACUCUCUGGCUGACGCGGUCCCUCGUGUGGGGCCGGUGGUUCACUGACAGAUCGGUCAAUGAAGACACAGUAAGCACACCACUCACACCACCACAGCACAGGAAUGGAUGGAUGGAUGAAUGUGUGUGGGGUCGACCGACCAACUGGAUCAGGGGGCAGAGAAGGAGUUUUCCACGGUGUCUGACGCCACGUCGGCCAUGCUUGUCGUGUUUGUCAUGUUCCUCUGGCCGAGGGAGAUGCCCCAAUGGGCACACAACAUCAGAAACAUGGUACUCACACACACACACACACACACGGGGCUCCCGAUGGAUGGAUGGAUGGUUGCAGGUAAGGAGGCGCGGGAGGGCGCCAGAGCAGCAGCAGGAGCAGCAGCAGGAGCCUGCCAGCAGCAGCAGCAGCAGCAGCAGCAACGGGGGCAGCCGACGGACUCUGCUCACCUGGCCAGAAGUGGAAAAGAAAGUUGCAUGGGGAAUCGUCAUUUUGCUCGGUCAGUCGCCACACACCCACACCACACCCAGACAGAAGUGUUCACACGUGUGCCACGUGUGGAUGUGUGGUGUGAAUGGAUCAGGAGGCGGUUUUGCGUUGGGUCAUGCCGUCAAGCGCACGGGCCUGUCCAAGCUGAUCGGGAUGCAGCUGCUGCGCCUCAACGUCUCACCACCCGCACUCAUGGGUACACACCUCAGCCUCCCCUCCCCCAUCACACGCGCGCACAGACACGCGUCGCCCUUUUUGUCGUUUUAUGCAGCCAUAGCAGUGAUCUUGAUGACGUUCACCACCGAGUUCACCUCCAACACCGCCACUUCCGCCAUCGUCCUGCCCAUCAUAUUGGAGAUCGCGCAGCAGCGGUGCAUCAAUCCGCUCUACAUGGCCAUGCCCGUCGCCCAGGCAGCCUGCUUUGGUACCUAGGCACACACACACAGACCGACUCACACACACACAGAUGGACCGACGCGACGCAUCUUCAUGUGUGAAAUGCUGCAGCCUUUAUGCUGCCGAUAGCGACGGGACCGAACGCGAUCGUCUUCUCGUCCGGCCUGAUGCAUGUCAUUGACAUGAUGGCCGCCGGGCUCAUCGUCAACAUUUUCUGCAUGGUCGUCGCCUUCGCAUCAGGUGGGUAUACCCUCUCCCCCCCCCCUCCAUGGAUCCAUCCAUGUGUGUGGGCGUGUCUGUGUGUGUGGGUGUGUCUGUGCAGCGAACUCUCUCGGCUUUCUGAUGUACUCGAUGGCCGAGUACCCCAGCUGGGCCCUCACGGAGAGCGGCAUCAAGUGCACAGACCCCGUGACCAACGGGACGGCGUGGACGCUCAUUAGCGGAGUCGACACAUAGCCCACACUAGUCAGCCCACAUUGCCCCUCAGGAUGGGAUGGGUGGGAAUUCGGUGUGUACACUUACGCACGGAUCAAUGCAUUUGCGGGGGGGAUUGGGUGGAGAGAGAGAGGGAGAGAGAGAGGGAGGGAGGGAGAGAGGGAGGGUUGAAGGUGGGCUAACUGAUAGGGUGCAGGGGGUGCCAGAAUGCAGCGAAUGACGCUGCAUGGAUGGGGGGGUGGGAGUGAGGGAAUUUUUCUCGUCGGGUUGUCUUGUCUGUCGGGUUGCCGGUCGAUUGCUCUUUCUCUCUUGCUUGGGUCGGUUGGUUGAGGGUCUGUGUGUGUAAUCAAUUUACAUACAAAUGUACACAUCAACGCACGUACGGAGGCACCUGCCUGCCACCCCACCCGUCGCUGAAUGCCUGAAGUGUUUUGCCUGCCUGAUUUGCUUUGCUCGUUCACCCACUUGGCUCAGUCAGUUGCUGCUGACUGCUUGCUGGGGAUGGGAUCCUUAAGCUGGGACGCAUUACACACACACACACACACAUAUCACAGACACACAUACACAUACACAGCGAUUCACACAACGGUCUGCCUGCCUGCCUGCCUGCCUCUCUGCUCUGCAGGUCUGGGAAUGCAGUUCACAAGCGAGACAGACAGACAGACAGUCGGUCGGCCUCCGUCUUUUUUUCAGUCGAUUUUUUUCGUCAGACCCCUGUUCACGAUUGGGAUGCCGCGGUUGUCUGUCUGGAUUUGUCGUCGGUGUGGGCUGGUGAGGGAGGGAGAGAGAGAGGGGGAGGGAGAGGAAGCGCCAUCAAGCUAGUCAAGCUAGUUCGUUAGGCAGCUGCGACUGAUCAACGUGCGAUAGAUUGGCAAUGAUGACUGAGUGAGCGAACGGAGAGCGCGGAAUACGCCCUGCAGUGUCAUGGAUGUGUGUGUGUGUGGUAGCGGGGGAAUUGGAUGGAUGUGUGUGUGUGUGUGUGCCUAUUAUUGCUCGUGGAUGAUUGCAAUCAUUGCAAUCCAAAAAGUCAGUCAAUGCGACGCCGUGCGGGUCGGUCUGUCUUUUUGCCGUUCGUCCGUAUUAGUUGUGGGGGUGCAAUGCACAUAUACAAUAUAGACAUACAGUCGCUGCCUCAUAUCAUAGACGUGACGUCUAUUUGUCGUCUGGCCGGCUCGUAUCGGUGAACUGUCUGCCUGCCUGCCUGCCUGUCUGUGCUGCGCGUGGCGGAUGGUUUUCUGCCCUCCCUCCCUCCCUCCCUAUCUGCCGUCUGCAUGGGUGUGUGUAAGAC